GUGUAUCCGCUGGUACAUGGUACCUCGUGAAACAUGUUCAAAAUUGUUCUUGGAUAGACUGAGGAAUCUUUGUCAUAAUGAGUUCUAAAGCUGAGCGAAAGAGCACGUCGUCUCCGGCUGCAUCUAAAAAGAGCAAGAAAACGUCUGUACCUGCUACAGACAGUUCUGAUGAAAGUCCGAAAAAGCGCCGGAAAUUGUCCACUGGCUCCACACAAUCGUGCCAUCAAUGUCGUCAAUCAAUCCUGAGCAACAAAGGCAUAUCCGAGCUGAAGGCGGGCAAAGCCAGGCGGCAGUGCGACACAUGCACAACGUACUGGUGUGAGAAUUGCCUUGAGAAUCGCUAUGGCUUGUCCUUUGUGGAGAUCUCCGGCAAGCAUUGGAGUUGUCCAAAAUGCCAGAAAACCUGCAACUGCUCGAUAUGCCGCAAGCGUGCGGGUAUGCUGGCCACCGGAAUUCUAACACCGCUUGCCAAGGAGGCUGGCUUCACAUCUGUCAAUGACUUCUUGUCGAAAGGAACCGGAGCCAUAGCAGAGUGCUUGCAAUGGAAGGAGGAAGAAAAGGCUGGUGCACCAGAAUCUCCUCAGAAAGCGGCAAAGGGUGGCAAGAGGAAAAGAGUUUCCAGUGAAGGCCAACAGCCCACCGCCGCUGCAGAUGCUGAUAGUUCUCCAGCCGCCAAGCGUACAAAGAGAGCUAAGGGCCAGUCGGAGGGCCGUAGUCGGCGUCGAUCUGACUUUGAAAUUGAUCAGGGACCAGUCAGGACGGUCCACCGCCGCACAUCGCUGGAAGAGAAGCGAGUAACUGCCGAAGAGUACCGGCUCCGUCUCAAACAGCGUGAAGAGGAGGCUGCAAAGGAGAAGGAGGCCGAAAAGGAGCGGAAGAAGGCCGCCAAGAUUGAGGAUGCUGCCAAAGCCAAAGAGCUGAAGAAAAAGGCACUUGAGGAAGAGAGAGUUCGCAAAGCAGCAGAAGUAGAAAAGGAAAGACGCAGAUCCAAAGAACUGAAGCAAGCAGCCGUAGAAGAGGCGAGGAAGGCAAAGGCAGCAGAGAUUGAAGAGAAAAAGGAAGAGAAACGUCUGGAGAUGGAGAAAUUGCGGCUGGAGCGUAUGGAUGAGAAACAGCGCAAGCAAGAGGAACACAAGCAGCAUCUUGAAGAGAUCCGCCGCCAGAAGGCAGACGAACGUGAGCGUGAAACUGAGCAGAAGAAGAAAGAGCUUGCCUCACUCAGGGAGGAGAAGGCGCGUGCCAGAGAUGAAGAGCGUGAAGCAAAGAAACAACAGCUAGAAACUCUGCGCGCACACGUAUCUCAGCAGAAGCAGGCGGUGAAAGACCUGCUUGCUGUCAACACAGCCUACACUCGAUCGUCCAGCAGCAGCUCUGGCUCGAAACCAAACUUCUCGCGGACCCCGAGCACUGCGUCUUCUGCGUCGGCCAGUGAUUCAGAGUCUGGAAUCGACUGUGAAUUCCUCGUGCCACCGAUUGUCCCCGACGAGACCGUCCCGGAUAUCUGUAUCAACAUCGACCUGCCAAGUUUGCCUGCCUGGGAGGUGCCUGUUCCCGUCUCUCAGUACCACAACCUGCUCAUGGUGUCCGAGUUCCUGACAUCCUUUGCGUCCGCACUCGGUCUCAGCCAAAUAUACUCUGCAGAACGCCUCGCACAAACUCUUCUGAAUCGUACCACAAUCCCCACCAUUCAGCUCGCGCUCAUGAAAGUGCUUCUGAAGGCCGAGAAGGAGGAGCAAGAUGAAGACAACGACGAUGGCUUUGAGGACGACGAAGAAGAGGCGGAUGGCCGCGUGCAACUCGACCAGCUACCGAAGCUUACACAGAGCAGCUGUCAGCAGGUGGUUGAUUUGUACUUGGCCAUGGUUGGAUACACACCGGACUCCACUGGUAUCAAGGGUGCAGGGCGGCGGAAGAUGAGCGCUGACGAUCGUGUUGUCAGUGACAAGUGUGAGAAGCUUUCUGUCCUGGCAUUCCUUUGCGAGCGUCUAAACAGCAUGGCGUACUUUGCUGAGCUGAUCAACGAGACAUCGGAGGAUCUUGUUGAACUCCAGCGAAAGCACCGUGUUGCAGAGCGAGAAGUUUGCAAGCAAAUUAAUGAGGAGUUGAAGGCUUGGACGGCUGAACAACUCAUGGCACGCAAGGACCUGAAGACUGUUGGCGAAGUCACAGCCCUGCCAUCCGCCAGCGAGAGGUUCUCCAAGCAGAUCAGUGAGGCCAGAUCAAAGUUACAGUGUGAGCAUGAUGCACAUGCUGCUGCAGUCCGCGGUCAGCUGCUGGGUCGGGAUCGCCAGGGACGGGCAUACUGGCAUCUUCAGUCGGUGACUGGAAUUCUUGUAGAGGAAGAUCUCACACACGAAACUCCCGAACAGUCACCGCGCAAGACCAAGAAGAAGAAGGAUGUAAAUCCGUUCACUAUCUGUGAGAGUAGUGAUCAUCUGGACAAGCUACUGGACUCAAUGUGUGUGGAUCAUCCGACGGAAGCAGCGCUCAGCCAUCAGCUCAAACUGCGCUACAAUGCCAUCUGCACGGAAGAGGCAGCCGAGUCCGAGUAACGCCAUCGACGUGCGGCUGAGUUUUGAUCAAUGUUUAUAUACGAAUCCUAGAGUAGCUUUUUUUAAAUAGAUGAAUCACUAGGACUUAGUCAUGACAACCACCGGCACUGCAACAGCACUAUUCCGCCCAGCUACGUGUAUAUAAUGUAAUGGGGACAGCGGAAGCCUCAGAACGGACCGUUUUAUAUUCACCUGCCUCUCGUGCUCCAGUAGAAGGCGGCUUAUCAUUAUCUAUCAAUGUUCAGGAACUGAAACACACACACACACACACACAUGCACACAAUCUUUUACGACCAGGCUCAUUGUGUUGCAUUCUUCUCAUCUGACCUACCACGGGAUUUUACGCUUCAAUGGGAUUGUCUUGUUUCUUUUUUUUAUCAAUGAUUCAUCAACGUUUUAGUCCCCCCGCCCCCUUUUUACUCCACUCACUUUUCUACUGCUGUGCCUCUUUUUUUUUUAUUGUUUGUGCCUCAUUUUUAUCCGUGUUGAUGCUAGCGUUCACCUCUGUUUCUCUUUCCCUGCACUUUCCCUCUGUGUUUUUUUUUACCUUGCUCGCCCAGUUAUAUAUCAGCUAGAGAUAGGGUUUUCCCGCUGACUGCCCUUCUGCUUUUUACCAUCUCCCUUUAUAGCCUCUAUGUCUGCAAGUCUACAGUGGUUUAUUGUGCUCCGUAGAGUACCUCUCCCUUCUGUGGUGUUCCUUUCAUUCGUUCUUUUUGUUAAAAAAAUGUUAUCCUUCAUGGCCAGUAUCAUGAGGUCACCACACA